AUGUUGCGUACGGCAUUCUUAUCGUUGAUACUCAUCGUAUCUUUCUCAUCAGCCGCAUUACUUCGUAAAUCGAUUUCUCGUCGACAAGACCAAACUUAUUGUCAAGCUAUUGAAGGUUUCGAUUGUAAAUGUUCAUCGUAUCGUGUAACCUGUUCAACCGAUCGUGAGUUACCCCAAGCAUUGAGUGUUCUACAACAAGAGAAACAAAAAUAUCCAUCGGUUGAAUUGCUGAUCAAUGGUGAACGCGAUCAACAUGUUUAUGAACAUACAUUUGAACCGGUCAAACAAUUAUUCAAGUCUGACGGAGAUAAUUUUGAAUUUCGCAUCAAAUUUGAGAAAUUUACCGCACUUCAUUUACACUCACCAGGUACAUUUAAUAAAGUUUUUCCUGACGAUGCACCGGCAACAGCGCGAAAAAAUUUGGCAGUGGAGAUUUAUAAUCCGCAAGUUCAGCCGAAUGAUAAUGUCAAUCUAUUUGCCAAUUUAAAUGUUGACUCAUUAGAAUUAUAUGUCACCUACCCAUUUCGCGGAACAUUUCAACAAUUAUUUACCGGCGCAAACGUCAAAUAUUUACGUUUAAGUGGUGGAGAUAUACGUUCAGAUCCAUCCCAACCAUUUACAGGCAAUAUCGGUCGAUUAGAAUUAGCUAAACAAGGGAACCAAUUAACCACACAAAUCUUUCCUAUCUAUCCGGCACAUGAAUUGAUCAUUAAUGCAUACUAUGUUUCUGAUUUCAAUAGUGAUAAUCCACCCAAUUAUUCUAAUUUAGGUGAAUUACGUGUUUAUAGCCAAGAACGUAUUCCUGCUAAUGCUUUUCGACAUUUUCCUAAUUUGCAUACAUUAUCUGUUACAAGUGAAAAGGACAUUGAUCCACAUGCAUUUGAUGGUUUAAAUAAAUUGGAAAAAUUGACCAUUAAGGAUACCAAAGCAUCGUUGGACUUAUUGAAUAACUUACCUAAUUUGAAAGAACUUGAGGUCAGUUUGGAGAAGUUCGAUGAACGAGAACAAUGUGAAUUGGUCGAUAAGACAGCUAGCGGAAAAAUUGUCGUACAAGGUAUUUCAUCUGGACGCGACUGUACGUGUGCAGCAAGUUAUUUGGAUUCAGCUUCUGGACGAUACCCAUGCGAUGCACAAGAUUGCGACCGUUCAUCGUGUGCCGCUAUUCAAACUAAUUAUGAUGCACAAGAAAGAAAAUUCAAGAGUCCACCAGCUAUUCAACGCGCUGAUGGCAGCGACGCUUUCCGUCAACGUGAACCGAAGGUGUAUUCUGGAGCCUAUCAAAUAUCACAUCAAGAUCUAGAGAAAUCUCAACAGCAAGCAUCAGCACAAAGCCAUGAUCAAUCACACUCACAAGGCGGCGAUGGUGAUCACAGUCAACAUCAAUCGGAUCAUCACUAUCAUCCAGAUCCAAACCAAGGUGAAGCCGGUCAAGGAGCUGAAGGUAACAACAAUCAAGAAGGAGACGGCAAUGAAAAUCGUCAAGACGGAGAAAGUAGUGGUACUCGACAAGAAGGAGAUGGACAUGCCCAUCAUCAAGCAGCUGAUGGAAAUCAAUCUACAGAUGCCCUUAGCGAUGAUGCUACUGAAGUUCCACCGACAACAAAGAGAAAAUUAGGUUGGUUAUCAAUCGGUCUUAUUAUCGCAGCAGUAGUUGGUCUUUUACUUGUUGGUUUAAUUAUAUUAAUUAUCCGACGACGAUCUGCCGCAGGAUACAGUACAACAGCAACAUCCGAACAUGGAGCAGCUCAAACGGCUAAAGCAUAG